UCUGAUCCUCUGCUGGAAAAUGGGCCCAAAAUUGCUCCCAAAAGAUUCUCCUGUUGUGAAGCCUAUCAAUAAUAGUUGGAAAACAGAAAAGCAGAUAGAAAAAGAAAGAAAAAAAAGAGCAACUUUAGACAGGAAAAAUCUACAGAAAAGACUUAAAAGAGCUCAACAACCUGGAGCUGGCUUGCGAGGCAGGGCUUUUGGUCUACUAAACAGAAAUGAUGGUGUCUUAAGUAUAAAAAAUUUGAAUCCUGAAAAUGAAAAAGUAGCCAGAAAACCUAGGCAAAAGUCUUUUACUUCUGUUGAAGGGACCAGCAACCAGAGUAACAUUUGCGAUAUUGAAACGCAAGACAACAUUGAUCUUGAUAUUAGCCCAAGAAUUGCAGAUGAAAGAGAGGCACUCAGAACUUUUCGGAAAGAUGUGCUACAGGAGAGACUGAAAAAUGCUUGCGAGGAAUACUUAAUUGCUAAGCAGCUUCUGCUAAGUCAGGCAGAAGAGGAAAAGAAAAAAAAACAAUGAAAAGUGGUCGGAACGCCAGAAGAAUGUUGAUGAUAUAUGGGAUGCAAAGAGGGAAGACAUGAUGCAAGCAAUUAUUGUACAUGCAGCUCCAGCUGUAACACCCCGCUGUCAGCAGUGUCACAUGGAAACCACCAUUUGUGUGCGUUGUGCAUCAUGUAAAAAGGUGUUAUGCUUUGAGUGUGAUUUUAGUCAUCACAGAACAAGGCCCUUCAAUACCCGUCAAUGUAUGCAGCUGGACUCAUCUUUUCCAUUAAAACCAACCCAGUUCCUUGAUCCCAGUGGAAAUAUUUUUGACAAAUAUGUUCAUGUGCCAUUGUUUCUACCAACUGAAUGCUCCAAUUGUAGAGCAGAAGGGAGCCUGAAAUGCCAGGCCGGUUCAAAAUCGAUUGCUGUUAUCACUCGUGAUGGUCGCUUUGAUCUCUCAAACACUUCUUUUUGCUGCUUGAAAUGCCUUUGCAUAGCAGAAGCAAGUGUUGAAGUAUAUCUUCAGUCUGGAUUUUGGCCUGGAUGUCCGACGUCCUUAACGUAUUUGUUCUCCACAGAUGUACUGGAACAUUGGACUCAUCUCAAGGAUCAGCUGCCGGGGUCCUCAGAACGUAAAUAUCUAACAAUUUUAGAGGAAUUAUCAAAAACAAGAGGAAGAGUAUGUUACGACUGA